GCCAGCCGUCCCGUCCCGUCCCGUCCCCCAGGGAAGGGACGAAGCGGAGCAGCGGCCGCCCGGCCUAAGACCACCCCAGCCCCCGCCUCUUGCUGAGCAGGGACCCAAGGCGGCGCACGUAACCCUAUGAACACACCUGGCCCUUUUUGAACUGGAGCAGCUUGGCACAAGGUCGUAGCAGACCCUGCAAGAUGGCGGAAGCCCACCAGGCGGUCGCCUUCCAGUUCACGGUCACUCCGGAGGGGGUGGAUUUCCAGCUGAGUCGUGAAGCCCUCAAGCAGAUCUACUUGUCGGGGGUCUCCUCCUGGAAGAAGCGCUUUGCCCGCCUCAAGAACAGUAUCCGGACAGGUGUGUUUCCUGGCACUCCUUCAGGCUGGCUGGCCAUCGUCAUAGCAACAGUGGGUUCCACGUACCUCCGCGUGGAUGUGUCCAUGGGGCUGAUCUGCAAGAUCCAGAGACACCUGCCCACCAGCAGUCGCUGCUUGAGCCUCCGCAACCGAACCCUGCUGAGCGCCAUCCUGUUCUCCACGGGCGUCUGGGUCUCCGGCAUCCUGCUCUGCCGCCAGACACUCAAACUGCUGCUGUCCUACCACGGCUGGAUGUUCGAGCCCCACGGCAAGACCAGCUACAGCACCAAGAUCUGGGUGACCAUGGUAAAAGUGAUGUCCGGCCGCAACCCUUUGCUGUACAGCUUCCAGACCUCCCUGCCCAAGCUGCCCGUGCCCCGCGUGGAGGACACCAUUCAGCGGUAUCUCUUCUCUGUCCGCCACCUGAUGGACGAGGACUGGUACGGCCGCAUGGAGGCCUUGGCCUUGGACUUCCAGAAACAGAUGGCCCCUCAGCUCCAGAAGUACCUCAUCCUCAAGUCCUGGUGGGCCACCAAUUACGUGAGCGACUGGUGGGAAGAAUACAUCUACCUGCGGGGCAGAGCCCCCAUCAUGGUGAACAGCAACUACUACGUCAUGGAUUUCCUGUACGCCACCCCCACGCCAGUCCAGGCUGCCCGGGCAGGCAACGCCGUGCACGCCAUCAUGCUGUACCGACGCCAGCUGGACCGUGAGGAGCUGGCGCCUGUGAUGGCUCUCGGAGUUGUGCCCAUGUGCUCCUACCAGAUGGAGAGGAUGUUCAACACCACGCGCAUCCCCGGCCAGGAGGCAGAUACCCUUCUUCACCUGUCAGACAGCAAACACCUGGCCGUCUACCACAAAGGCCGCUUUUACAAGGUCUGGCUCUACCAUGCCGGGAAGCUGCUGUCGCCCCGCGAACUGGAGAUGCAGUUCCAGCGUAUCCUGGACGACCCGUCGCCUCCGCAGCCUGGCGAGCUCAAACUGGCCGCCCUCACUGCUGGGGACAGAUGCCCGUGGGCCAAAGCCCGCACGAAGUAUUUCAGCCAAGGGAGGAACAAGGCGGCGCUGGAUUGCAUCGACCGAGCGGCGUUCUUCUUGACCCUGGACGAAGAGUCGCAGGGCUUCGACCGCCAGCAGGCGGAGAGCCUGAGCCGUUAUGCCAAGAGCCUCCUGCACGGGCAGUGCUGCGACAGGUGGUUUGACAAGUCCUUCAGCCUGGUGGUGUACCGCAAUGGCAAGCUGGGCGCCAACGCUGAGCACUCGUGGGCUGACGCCCCCAUCAUCGGACACCUCUGGGAGUUCAUGCUGGCUACAGACCAGUUCCACUUGGGCUACUGCAGCGACGGGCACUGCCACGGGGUGCCCAACCCAUCGCUGCCUCCACCGCAGCGCUUGAUGUGGGACAUCACGGAGGAGUGCAGCGUGGCCAUUGACGCCUCCUACGGCGUGGCCAGGGCCCUCGCGGACGACGUGGAUUUCCACUGCUUCCUCUUCACGGAGUUUGGCAAAGGGUUCAUCAAGAAAUGCCGCACCAGCCCUGACAGCUUCAUCCAGAUCGCGUUGCAGCUGGCGCACUUCCGGGACAAGGGCUCUUUCUGCCUCACCUACGAGGCUUCCAUGACACGGCUCUUCCGGGAAGGCAGGACCGAGACGGUGCGCUCUUGCACCGGCGAGUCAACGGCUUUCGUGCACAGCAUGGCGAACCCAAACUGCAGUGACUCGGAGCGCCUGCAGCUCUUCAAGGUGGCAGCAGAGAAGCACCAGCACAUGUACCGGCUGGCCAUGACAGGGGCCGGCAUCGACAGGCACCUCUUCUGCCUCUACGUGGUGUCGCGCUACCUGGGGCUGGACUCUCCCUUCCUGGCCAAGGUGCUGUCUGAGCCCUGGCGCCUCUCCACCAGCCAGACGCCCCAGCAGCAGAUCAAAAUGUUUGACUUGGAGACGAAUCCAGAUCACAUCUCCUCCGGUGGUGGCUUUGGGCCCGUGGCCGAUGACGGCUACGGCGUCUCCUACAUCAUCGCCGGAGAGAACCUGGUCACUUUCCACGUUUCCAGCAAGUUCUCCAGUUCUGAAACGGACUCCAAGCGCUUUGGGCGGAACAUCCACCAGGCCAUGCUGGACAUUGCGGGCCUCUUCGGGCUACCAGCCAGGAAAACGGGCAACUGAGCCUGGACUGUGCUGCCCAAGACGUGGGCCCCUUCACCGUGGGCCCACGUUGUCCUGAGCCACCAGGAAGCUGCCUCCUGGCUGCAGAGCUGGCCCCACGCGGAGAUGUUUCCGGGCCCCACGCCGGCCGCCUCCGGCUCUGGAGUUUGCCUCCGGUCUGACUUGCCCUGACCGCGGGUGCACCAAAUGUGGGGAAGGAGGGGGAGGGGC